CUUCGGACACUUAAAUUAAGUAUGUUCUGUAUAUAAAUGAUAUGGACGAAGUAUUUAGGUUGAUUCAGUUAGACCCUGCAAAAUGGGGGUGCAUGCAAAAAGGUGGUCAAUGCGGUUAAUGAGGGACGUAAGCCGUGGCUUCGUAAUAGGUCCAUGCGACUGGCCCAGACUUUCGACUCCAAGCGCCUGGAAGCUUUUGAGGAGUGUUGAACAACAUAUCUCAACAUCAAGUCUCCAAUCACAGGUUCCCGAUAAUCAUGAAUCUGCCCAAACGGCCGUUCCCACAUGUGCUGUCAUGUGGUCACAUCUGCAGGACGAGUUUCCGCCCGCUAUCAGCUCCAGAGAGAAACUUCGCCGACCCGCAAAUAUGAGCGGAAGAGCCCCAGAAAACUUCCGCGCCAGUGUCCAACGUGAUACUGAUUUCAUAGCCGAUCCAGCCGCCCGAAGACAUGUGACGAUCAUCGUCUCUCGGCUUGUUGUGAUAGUCGCGAGUGUUUUGCUGCUGAUAUCCCAUCGCAUCAGAAAUGGCACGAAGUGAACGGACUUCAGGCGCUGCCCGUAUAGAGCAUGUAGUUACUCAACACUCUUACCAAUACGCCGCCAGCUAGAUUUGCCUCGUUGCCUAAUGCAAGGGCAACAUGCUGCUC